GAAGCCAGUUGUCUAGCGGCGUUAUCACAGAUCUGUGCAGACAAACGGAGCGAAAAUGAACCUGGCCCCGUUUGUUCUGCACGCCCUGCUUGUCACAAUAGUGCGUUGUGCUCCAAGGUGUGAACCCGUCGAUCAAGCACUAGGACGUUGUCAGACUCAGCCUGUCGAGACAGCACAAUGUAUAAACAACCAUCUAAGUUACUGUACUGUUGCGUCCUACUCAAAGAUUAUGUUUCCUAACCUGAUUGGUCAAGCGUCGAGAUUGGAAGCAGAGAUGAGCUCAGAGUACGUUCUUAUUAGUGUCUUGGACAACCUGAUGAAUGGUGAAUGCACUUUGGACCUCAAAUUGCUGGGCUGUUCCAUCAUAGCACCACGAUGUGAGAACAACAUGAUUCUGAAACCCUGCAGAUAUUCUUGCGAAGCACUUAAAAGAGACUGCGAGCAUACAUUUAAAAUGAUAGAAAUGGCAUGGCCAUAUUUCAUGGACUGUGAUCGGUUCUUUGUAAGUGAGGAAGAGGGUUGCUAUGAUCCAGUAGGAAGAUACACAGAAGAAAGUAUGAUAGAUGAGCCUGAUGUCUUACCUAUCUUGCCGGAGUUCAGACACCACAGUUAUGUGGAAAUGAAAAAGUUGCUGAAGCAGAUGGCAUCAAUCUGUGAAGAUAUAUCGAUAUUGUACACCCUUGGCCGUAGCUACGAAGGCAAAGACCUUUACGUAAUUGAAUUCUCAGAUAAUCCUGGUGAACAUGAAGAGCUUGAGCCAGAAUUUAAAUACAUUGCAAAUAUACACGGCAAUGAAGCAUUGGGAAGAGAGCUUCUGAUUUAUCUUGCACAAUAUUUGUGCUCUGAGUACUUGAGUGGGAACCAAAGGAUUCAGACUUUGAUCAAUAACACCAGAAUCCAUCUUCUUCCUUCUUUGAAUCCUGAUGGUUAUGAAAUAGCAUCUGAAGAGGGGCCUGGCUAUAAUGGAUGGAUUACUGGACGGCCAAAUAUACAAAGCAUUGACUUGAACAGAAACUUCCCAGACCUAACAACAGAGUUUUAUCGAGAAAGAAGGAAAAGGGGAGGUCGUGUUGAUCACAUACCAAUUCCAAGGUCAUACUGGAAUGGUAAGGUAGCACCCGAAACACGAGCAGUGUUAACAUGGGUGAAGAAAGUACCUUUUGUUCUGUCAGCGAGUUUACAUGGUGGUGAUUUAGUGGCUAGUUAUCCUUUCGAUAUGUCAAGACUUCCAGAAGACAAGUAUUUUUCACCCACUCCAGAUGAUCAGAUGUUCAAGUUGUUGGCAAAGGCCUAUGCAGAUGCACAUCCUGUUAUGUCAGAUACGUCAAAAGAUAGAUGUGGAGGGAGCUUUGCUGAAGACGGAGGCAUUAUAAAUGGAGCACAGUGGUACAGUUUUGCUGGAGGGAUGCAGGAUUUCAGCUACCUGCAUACAAACUGCUUUGAGAUUACACUGGAACUCAGCUGUGAGAAGUACCCCGCUGAUGAAGAUCUCCCCACAGCUUGGAAUGAAAACAAGGAAGCCCUCUUGACCUACAUGGAAAUGGUGCACCGAGGAAUAAAAGGAAUUGUAAAGGAUGAAAGAGGAAGAAGAAUUAAAGGAGCACGCAUCAAAGUUAGAGGGAUACGUCAUGACAUCCUUUCAGUUGCCAAUGGCGAGUACUGGAGACUGCUCCCCCCAGGCACGUACUAUGUAAGUGCAUAUGCUCAAGGACACACACGGGUUUUGAAGAAAGUAUAUUUACCUGCCAAGAUGGAAGGGGCUGGUCGUGUAGACUUUGUUCUGCGUCGCCUGCGGCCCUAUAUUAUACCUGAAGAUUCCAAGGAUUAUAUGGAUGAAAUUGACUUAUUAGAUCAUCUUGAGAGGACUGAAAGGAGACAUGAAGAUGAAGAUAGUGAAUAUUCAAAUUCACGCGGAAGAAAGCCUGGGUGGUGGUCCUUCUUUGCUUCUUUGGGACAGAGUUCACCAGACUGGCUUUUAAGAAACAUGUAACUUCUCUUGUGGGUAUUAUAUUAAAUGGAGGUUGCACGAGCAAGUUUGCAUUAAUGUAUACAUCAGUGAUUUCUACUUUAGAUAAAACAAAUUUAGUCCCCACAUGAUCUGGGAAACAAAAUAUGUUUUGCAAACAUCUUUCAUUAAUCUUUUAGUUCUGAGAAGUCAAAUGUAAUUGAGUGUUUUUAACAUAAGAGGGCAUCUGUGAUCACAGUAUUAUGUAAUAAGCACAAACUAGUGCUUUGUGAAUCAUAAUGUCCAAUGGAUGCUUGCAUAUUAUAGAACACGUUGUCUAUACCAAUGAAAGGGUCUUGGGAGAUACUUCAUUUAGGAUUUUUUUAUUAGAAGAUAUUUCCCUCAAAAUAUUUAACUUAUAUUGCUUUCUUAUUAAUAUAAUAAGGUAAAUGAUGGCAUAAAUAGCCAUAUCACCUUAAUCUGCUCGAGUAACUUCCACCAUAAUACAAUGUAGUUCUUACCAACUUUGAGUAAAGGUAGAGUUUCCAAAAGAAUGAAUUGCAGUAGAAAGAGAAACUGAUUAAAUCACCCAAAAAUAGAUGUAGUAAUAGUGUACAACUUAGUAUAAGCAAUAAUUUUUGUAAACAUGUAAAAACAAAAAAAAAGCUUAGCCAAUAUAAUGGAACAUUAAGAGACGGAAAAACUGGCUGUCUGAAUCAAUUGAUGUUACUCCAGAAAAUGCAUUAUUGCUUUAAGCUUUGCAAAGCUAACAACUAUCUUAGUAACAUUGCUUUCUUAUUUUGAACAGCCUUAAGUACAGGGUGUUUAUUGACAAAUCUAUAAUUAUUUAAAAUAAAACUGAAUGGAAACAAUGGAGGAUUUUAACUAAUUGCUUUAUUUAAAUAAUCAAUAUUCUUAAAAAAUAGUCCCCAUUAAAGCAACAUUGAGCCUGAUCAUGCUUGAUGAGUCCCGUGCCUUACGCUUGUCCCUACUCCUGUUCGAUGGUUGUCACUGCACUAGCCUCUCCUCGACUCGUUCAGGAUGCAGGAUGCUCAGUGGGCCAUGAGCAGGAACUAGGCUUCAAGUCGCAAAUCCUGGGGUGAUGUCCCAAACGAGACAAAAAUUUUGAUUGUUCAAAAUAAAACUGAAAAGAAGCAUUUGAGGAUUCUAAUUAAUUGUUUCCUUUAAAUUAUCAAUAUCGCCCCAUUAAUGCAUCACUGAUGACUGUAUGAUGGCUCAUGCUGUCUACGGCCUUCUAGAUAGUUUUUUAAAUGGCUUUGAUUACCAAUGGCAUUCAAAACAGUUAAAGUAGAUUUAAAUAAUUAACAUUUGAAAAAACUGAAUAGAUUCAUUAUAAAAGCAAUUCAAAUGAUUUAAAUUGAUAUAAAACAUUAAUCUUAAUUAAAAUAAGAGGAAAAUAAUCACUCAUUACAUUUGCCUUUGCCAACUAAGUUGGGAAACCCUAAUUAAAUCAAUGGGGUCACACCUGCUUAUGACAGGCUGAGGGGCCAGAAAUGCAGAGCCCCAAGCUUUGUCAAUGUGCUGCUUCCAGCUGCAAGGAGUAAGUCAGAUGCUCCAUCAUGUGACCCUUAGCACAUCCCAUUCUUUGAUGCUGAAAUGUGCAGGUGCAGUAUUUGGACUGAACUAACAUAGUCAAUGAACCUAGCUGAUGAUUCUAUGCAUGCUGAAGAGAGCACGUUACAAACUAUGAUAAGUCAGUGCAUUACUUUUAAUUAAAGUGCUUUA